UCUUUCAAUGAAAAUACUGAAACUAUAUCUGAAAAUAAAGAGUAUAUAUCAGAUAUAAAUGAUAAUUCAUUACAAGAUUCCAACUCUAUUCCAGAUGGCUAUAGACCUUUAUCAAAAGCAAGUGCCAGUAAGCUAGAUAGUGAAGUUUGGAAUUAUUUUCACCCUUUAGAGCAUAUAGAAACAGGAAAUCGUGUUGAGUGGUGUCCUCUGGAGAUUGUUAGAAAUCAUCAAAAGCAGAUAUGCAAUAUAAUCUGCAAUACAGGUGGAUCAACAGAAAAUAUGUGGGACCAUCUUUCUAGCAUACAUGGAAUUACUAAAGAAAAUAGUUUAAAAUUAAAAGACCAGUUAAAAAUAGAUACUAUAUUUAAAACUACAACUAGUAAUUUAAAGCGCAAACAAAAUCAAACCCGUUCUUUAGUCGAAUGGAUUAUUGAUAGUGCGCAACCAUUAUAUAUUUUAGAAUCACAAAAAUUUAAAGCAUUUAUUGCUACUUUAGAUCCUUAUUAUGAAUUACCCACCUGUAAAGCUGUUAAAUCAAUGAUACAUAAUGCUUAUAAUUUUUCUUCUAAUGUUUUAAAACAAAAAUUAAAAGAUACUGCAACUUCAUGUUCACUUACAUGUGAUCUUUGGACUAGUAGAAAUCGUGAAUCAUAUCUUGGUAUUACCUGUCAUUGGAUUGAUCAGGAUUUUAAGCUAAACGAGGUUUUACUUGCUAUUAUACUUUGCCCUUAUUCUCAUACAGCAGAAAAUAUUUAUAAUACCUUAUUUGAGACUAUGGAUUAUUGGGAUAUAUUGCAUAAAGAUACGGAAACAAGGUGGAAUUCUUCAUACCUUGCAUGGAGACAUCUUUUGCAUUUACAAAAUGCAAUAAAUAUGGUAAAAGCAACAAUUGCACAAUCUAAUGACCCUCAAAUACGAAAAGAAUCAAAACAUCUUCAUCAAAUAAUGCUUACUGAUUCAGAAUGGGACAUACUAAAAGAAUUAGUAAUUCUUCUUUGUCCAUUUGCUGAAGCUUCAACUUAUUUAGGUGCAAGCAAAACAUCAAUGAUUGGAUUUAUUAAUUCAACCCUGGCGCAUAUUAAGCAAGAUUUAUACGAUGAAGGUUGCCAAUUUUAUAAUACACCAAAUUUGGUUAACUUAGAAAACUUAGAAACGAUCUUUAAUAAUGAAAUUGAAUAUGAAGAUGUUGAAGAGCGUGAAAUUUCAAAACAUCAUAAAAUAAAUAUCAAUGUUCCACAAACCUGUAAUAAUUUGGGAAGAAAAGUACAGGCGGCAUUGUACAAAGCUCUUGAAGCAUAUUGGAAUUCUCCAGCUGAUGAUUAUUUACUACCUACAUUGUUGGAUCUAUGUCACAAAAAACUUGAAUUUGCAGACUCUCUUGAUCACAAGUUUGUUAUAGAUAUCUUAAAAAAUAUGUAUAAUAAGUAUACUCAAGAUUCUCAACAAACUCCACUAACAAAUUUAACAGAUAUUGUUGAACCAUAUAACUUAAAUAAUGAAUUAUCUACCAAAUCUCUUAAAAAAAAAUUUUGUUCGCUUUCUCAAAAUAAUGAAAUUGAUUUAGAAUCAGAUGCUUGCACUUGGUGGGCUGCACAUAAAAAUAACUUUCCUGUUUUAGCUUCUUUUGCCCAUGAAUAUUUGGCUAUGCAAGCUACAUCUACACCUAGUGAGCGUCUUUUUUCCAAUGCUGGAAUUAUAAUGA